AUCCAAAUCCCUUCCAUACCUUCUCACGUUGUUCCACCGUACACCAGCAUAAAAUGGAGAACCGCCGGCAACAUUUCCUUAUAGUGGCCCACCCGUUCCAAGGCCACAUCAACCCGUCCCUCCAUCUCGCGAGGCGCCUUACCAGCACCACCGGCGCUCACGUCACCUUCUCCACCGCCAUUUCCGCUCACCGCCGCAUGUUUCCAGCCUUGUCCAAACCCGACGAGGAAGUAGAAGACGGCCUCCUCUCCUACAUCCCUUACUCCAAUGGCUACGAUAAUGGUUUCAAAGCCGCCACUGGUACUAAAACCCCCGAAGAUUUCAUGUCCAACUUAAAGCUCGUCGGAUCCAAAACUCUUUCCACCAUCAUCCAUAACCUUGCUGCACGCGACCGCCCCGUGACCUGCACGAUCUACACCAUGAUCUUAAUGUCGUGGGCAGCUGACGUCGCUCAUGAUCAUGGCAUCCCCACAGCCAUCUACUGGAUCCAGCCUGCCACCGUCUUCGGUAUCUACUACCACUAUUUCCAUGGCUACGACGAGCUCAUCAGAUCCCAUAGUCAGGACCCAUUAUUUACCGUGGACUUUCCGGGACUGCCGCCGCUCCGAAUCCGUGACCUCCCAACCUUCACCAUCACCAAAUCCGACGAUCCCUAUUACCUCAUUUUCCUUGAUUUCAAAGAAACCUUUGAAAUGUUGGACCGGAAACAAAGGAUUUCGAAGCCAAGAAUCAUCAUGAAUACCUUCGAUGCAUUAGAGGCUGAUGCAAUCAAGGCAUUCGGUAACAUGCAGUUCAUCACCGCAGGGCCGCUCUUACCACCACUUUCUUUGCCUGGAAUGGAUUCAAAAGAUAAUGAUCUUUUCAAACCGGAUAACAAGGGAUUCAUGGAGUGGUUAGACUCGAAGCCGGAGAGGUCGGUGGUGUAUGUGUCAUUCGGGAGCAUCUCGGUGAUAAAGAAGCAGCAACUGGAGGAGAUUUUGAGGGGGCUGAGGGAGAGCGGGAGGCCUUACCUAUGGGUGGUGCGGAAGGACAACAGAGAGGAAGGGGUGGAGCUGGAGGAUGGGGAGAAUGGGAUGGUGGUGGAGUGGUGCUCCCAAGUGAAGGUGUUGUCCCAUCCAUCCAUAGGAUGCUUUGUGACCCAUUGCGGGUGGAAUUCGACGCUGGAGAGCUUGGUGUGCGGAGUGCCGACGGUAGGGGUGCCGCAGUGGUCGGACCAAGGGACAAAUGCGAAGCUGGUGGAGAUGUGGGGGACGGGGGUGAGGAGUGAGGUUAACAAAGAGGGAGUGUUCGAGGGAAAGGAGUUGAGGAGGUGUUUGGAGGUUGUCAUGGGAGAAGGGGAGAGAGGGCUGGAGAUUAGAAGAAGGGCAGGGAUUUGGAGGGACAGAGCGUGGGAGGCCGUCCGCGAAGGUGGGUCAUCAGAUGUGAAUCUCAAGGCUUUUAUGGAGAAAAUUGCAAGCAAUGAUUGAGAUUUGAGGAUGUCACAGUUGUCCAAAUUAUUUUUGUGAUUUGAAGUAAAUUACAGAAGUAGAGUUUUUAGGUAAGAGUGGUAGAAGAAGAGCUUCUUAAUAUACAUACAUAUAUUACGUUCUCAAGGUAUGGGGAGUUGCAUGGUAAUGUAGUAGUUUAUUGGGAUCCAUCUCUAGCAUAGAAACUAAAACCUUUUGCAUUGUGUCACGCUAUGUAUCCGUCCUGUAUAGCAUCAUCUUUGUUGUAAGAUAAUCAUUGAUUUGGAGACUAAA